GUACUGCUGCACACAAAUAGUGUUUUCGUCCAGGAGGACUCUUGAAUUGCAUAGUUAUAUCGGGCAUAUUCUAAUUUACAGUGAUAGAACAUAUUGAAAUAAUGGUUUCAACACCUUCAACAGUUACUUUAGUUCUACUAUCUUUGGUAUUUUCAGACGUCAGUUCAAUUGGUGUAUAUGAAUGUGUCGAAAUUGACGAUCCUCUAGGUGUCAAGUACAGAGGAACACAGUCACAAACACGGAGUGGAAUUGAAUGUCAGAGAUGGACGGACAAUUCACCUCAUCGGCGCAAUUAUUGGCCACCGAAUCCAGAGACGCAUGAGAAUUAUUGCAGAAAUCCGGACGGUGAAAGUGAGGUUUGGUGUUAUACAACAGAUGUGAACGUUAGAUGGGAGUACUGCGAUGUUCCAAAAUGCCCAGUAAUACCGGAUCCCGCUUCAAGAGAAUGUUAUCUUUGCAACGGAUACGAUUACGUUGGCGAUUUGGUUGAAACAGCUUCUGGAAAAACAUGUCAGAGAUGGGAUUCAUCAACUCCACAUCAGCACAAUAACCAUCCAAGUCAAAAGCCAGAUAGAAAUUUGGUUGACAACUUUUGCCGAAAUCCUGAUGGAGACACGAAACCUUGGUGCUACACUACCGAUCAAAAUAUUAGAUGGGAGAAUUGUGCCGUAGAGAGAUGUACAAACGCUGAUGGGUCAGUUUUGAUUCCUCCUCUAAGAGUCACAUCCGAGUGUAUAGUUGGUGCAGGAGGAAACUAUCGAGGUACAAAACAAGUUACAAGAUCAGGUAAAACAUGCGCUCAAUGGACGAGUCAGUUUCCACACAAGCAUAAGAAUACUCCCGAAAAUUAUCCGUGCAGCGGUCUGGAUCACAACUAUUGUCGAAACCCUACUGCAAGUUUUGAAGAAGGUCCUUGGUGUUAUACAACCGAUCCCAACACUAGAUGGGAGCUUUGUGAGUUACCAGAGUGUGGACCCGAUGGCCGGCCUCUUCGUUCUACUGCUACACCAGCCGAGAGUACCCCAGCUACAACACUAGAACCUGGGUCGUGUGGAAAGCAGGCAAUUCAACCAACCUAUUUUACUCAAGGAUUCGCUAUUGAAGGAGGCCGCCUCAUCGAAUCAAGAAGAAGAAAGAGGGAGAUCGAUCAACAAGAAAGAAUCUUGGGAGGCGAUAUUGCAUUACAUGGUAGCUGGCCAUGGUCUGUCAGCAUGCGUAAGUAUACUGACUUUCAUUUCUGUGGAGGAACCUUGAUAAAACCUGGUUGGGUUGUGACAGCUGCACAUUGCUUGGAUGACGAAUUACCACCAGAUCGUUACGCCGUUAAAGCCGGGCUCAACAAAGGUACAGAAGUCGAGAUGCAAAAGAGGAAUGUUCGCCGAUACAUUUUACAUGGAUCCUACUCUAGAGGCAAACAUGACAUUGCCUUGGUGCAGCUAGAAACACCGUUCAUUAUCACAAAACACGUGCGUGUUGCCUGCCUGCCUGAACCGGACUAUGAAGUUCCCGGUGGUAGUUUUUGCGUCGUGACUGGUUGGGGUAGAACUUAUGAUGAUAAGCCCCGAGGGGAUUUGAAGCAAGCAGUGUUGCCAGUACAUAGCUACGAAGACUGCAAUUCCUAUUUAUCCUCUCACUACAUGGGGGAUAAGACUCAAAUGUGUGCCGGGUGGAAAGGAGAGGGCGUGGAUACAUGUAAAGGCGACAGUGGUGGACCAUUAGUCUGUUUGAAUAACGGUCGCUGGACUCUACAGGGAGUGACAUCAUGGGGACCUAGUGGCUGCCAGGACAAGCAAGGAAACUAUGGAUCGUAUAGUCGUGUCAGCAAAUACAUGGGAUGGAUCAAAGAAGAGAUGGCAAAGUACAGUUAAUACUGUCAACUAGGAUUUGCCUCUUCGAGGAGCAGUUACAUGUUUUUGUGCCUCAAUUAUUUGAAUAUAUAUAACCAAGUGCAUAUGUGGGCGCUUCA